AUGCCAUCCAUCCAAAGUCGCGCUGUGCGCAUCGGAGGGUGCGAAGGAGGAAUCACUGACCAACAUGGCGUUCUAGCACGCAUGGCCCAAAACGAGGAGGUGGACGUCAUCUUCGGUGACUGGAUGAGCGAGUAUAACAUGACCACUCGGGGCGUGGAGAAGGUCCAAGACCCGUCAGCGCCCGGCUAUGAAACCAUCUUUCUUCAGUCUCUGGAACCCGCCUUGGAACAUCUGGCGGCUAAAAAGAUCAAGCUCGCCGCCAAUGCCGGCGCCUCCGGUACGGAGCUCCUGGCUAAGCAUGUCAGGGAAAUCAUUGCGCGGAAGGGCCUUGAUUUGAAGGUGGCCUGGGUGUCUGGGGACGAAAUCUCCAUCGAUGACCUCAAAAAGCUCCACACAAAGGGAGACAAGCUGCAGAGACUUACGACAGACAAGGAUUUUUCGACCUGGGAGUUUGAUCCCAUCUAUGCCCAGUGCUAUCUCGGAGGUCGAGGUAUUGCAAAAGCUUGGGCGGAGGGCGCGGAUAUCGUCCUCACCGGCCGCGUCUCUGACCCGGCUCCUGUCAUCGCGGCGGGCAUCUGGUGGCAUGGCUGGAAUGAGGACCAAUUGGACGAACUCGCUGGGGCUUUGGUUUGUGGCCAUCUGAUCGAAUGCGGCGCGUACGUGUGCGGCGCCAACUGGACAGGCUUCAAGUCCCUCGGAACUGGCAAGAGUAUCAUUAACCUAGGCUACCCAAUUGCCGAACUUGCAAAGGAUGGCACAUGCAUCAUCACCAAGGAGCAAGGGUCAAAUGGCAUCGUGUCGACCGAAACCUGCAGAAGCCAGCUUUUGUAUGAGAUCCAGGGUCCUUGGUAUUUCAACUCGGAUGUUGUCGCCGAACUCUCCAACAUCAAUAUGGAACAGCUCGGCCCAAACCGGGUCAAGGUCUCGGGCGCCAAAGGCCUCCCGCCUCCACCGACGACCAAGGUCGGCAUCACUGCCAUCGGCGGCUACCAGGCCGAGACGCACUUCUACGUGGUCGGUCUCGAUGUCGAGGAGAAGGCGGCGAUGUUUGAGACUCAGGUUCGAGAUGUGCUCCCACUCGACAAAUACCACUGUUUCAGAAUAUCUCUGAACGGCAGACCACCGGCCAAUCCGCGCAGUCAGGAGUCGGCCACGUGCGACCUACGCGUCUUUGCGCAGGGUCGCAAUGCCGAUGACUUGCAAACCUCUGUCUUCCUCCAGCCCGUCGUGGACACAGUCAUGCAGACGUAUCCUGGCGCGCAGUUCUCCUUGGAUAUGCGCCAAGGUACCCCGAAGGUGUAUUAUGAAUUCUGGGUGGCCUUGAUUCCUCAGGGAAUCGUCUCACACCGCGUCCAUUUCAUCGACAAGACAUUCGACAUUCCCGUGCCGACCAAAACUCAGACCUACCCACGGCACCAGCCGUCGUAUGAUCCUGAGAGCCCACUGCCCUUGACAUCUUGGGGCCCCACGACCGUGGCUCCUCUGGGAUACAUCGUGCAUGCACGCUCCGGAGACAAAUCGUCCAACUGUAACGUGGGCUUUUAUGUCCGCCACGCAGACGAGUUCGAUUGGCUCCGGUCGACCUUGACAAUUGCCAAAGUAAAGGAGCUUCUCGGUGAUGAUUACAAGGGUGGGCUGGUCGAAAGAUUCGAGCUCCCCAAUCUCUGGGCUGUCCAUUUCCUUUUGCUUGAUCAUCUGGACCGUGGUGUUGCCAGCAGCAGCACUUAUGAUAUUCUCGGGAAGAAUGUCGCCGAGUAUCUGCGAGCCAAGUAUGUGGAAAUACCAACGAAGUUCCUAGAAAGAGGGAGGAUCUGA